AUGAACGGUGUGAUAUGGAAUAAGAUGAAGAAGACUUUCAUGCCGAUUUCUAGCGUGCCGGUGUAUGCCAUGCUUCAACAAGAACGUCUUAGACAAAGUCGAAUAUUGGAAACCCAUAAUUUUCAAAAGCAAAACUUAACUCUAACGUCUUUCCAGGAAUCACAUUUUUUCGAAUUUUAUGACAAUGAUACGAAAGUUACAGGAUUAUGCGGUGAAUUAUGGAAUCUUCUCUCUGAAAAAUUAAACUUUACAUUACAGCCAAUAAGAUCAAAUGAAACCGGUGUAGGUGCACAAGAUAAAAAUCUUACUUAUUCAUACGGAUUAUUAAGUGUAAUUCUGCGUAACAGAACUAUGGCAAUACCAAAACUCGAAACGUAUAGUGUUCGGCUUCUGGCUGCUGAUUUUACAAUGCCUUUAUGGAUGAAUAGCCAACGAUUAUAUAUUCAACAUGAGAUAAUACAUGAUAGCGCAUGGAUGGCAAAAGUAUUUUCCUGGAAAAUAUGGUGCUGUAUAUUAGUUACAUAUUUACUGCUGAGCGUAUGCAGUUUUUGGUCACAGAUUGUUCUCACACGGCUUGGAAAUAAUUACAAGCGCACAUCCAUUGGCGAUCAUAUUUUUUAUAAUUUUGGAAUGAUAUGUAAUCAAAACAAUAUCCCCGAUAUUCUUGUUGGAAGAUCGAAAAUAUUAGAAGUUUCGCUGGGCCUUUUUUGUUCUCUAUUGUACAUGGCAUUUGGCGCCGUAUUAUUUAUUUUUAUAACAAAAAGAGUUAAUGUUAUACCACCAUUUCAUAAUCUGGAGUCUUUGAGGACUGAUACUACAUAUAACGUUGUCGUUUUGAAAAGUUCUAUGGGAGAUAUCGUGUUUCAGAAAAGUGUGGAUCAAGAGUUUGUGCAAAUAAAAAUGGCAAAACGCGUUAACAUUGCAUUAACAGCCGAACAAAUGUACAAAAUGGCAUGUGGAAAAAGUACAAAGAAGUAUAUUAUGUUACAAGGUGAGGACGAGCACAAAACGAGAGAUAAAAUAUGUCAUACGAUUCCAAUUGGGCCAUCGUACGCGAAAAUAUGGAUAGCUUCGGGCAUCAUAAAGAAUUUCAAGUAUAAGAGGACUUUCGAUCUCGGGAUACUCAAAUUGAAGGAAAUUGGAUUGUGGGAUAUAUUAAAAGAUCGUUGGUUAUAUGAAAAAUUCUUAUCGCAGGAUAUCGAUAAUAGACCGAAAGGAAUUGGAUUGGAUCAAAUUUUCUUAAUAAUUUUAAUGAUGUGCUGCGGAAUAAUAACAGCUCUUAUUAUUUUUGUAAUCGAGAAAAUUGUGUACGCUUACAAAUUUAAACUAUCCGUACAGAACAUUUUUGUGAAACAAACAUUAUUCCCGACUACGUUAUUAUCAUUCAAAACAAUGAACGGUGUGAUAUGGAAUAAGGUAAGGACUUUCGUGCCGAUUUCUAGUGUGCCGAUGUAUGCUAUGCUUCAAGAAGAACGUCUUAGACAAAGUCGAAUAUUGGAAACCCAUAAUUUUCAACUGCAAAACUUGACUCUAACAUCCUUUCAGGAACCAUAUUUUUUCGAAUUUUAUGACAAUGAUACGAAAGUUACAGGAUUAUGCGGUGAAUUAUGGAAUCUUCUCUCUGAAAGAUUGAACUUUACAUUACAGCCAAUAAGAUCAAACGAAACCGGUUUAGGUGGACGAGAUAAACUUACUCUUAAUUAUCCACACGGAUUAUUAAACGUAAUUCUGCGUAAUAGAACUAUGGCAAUACCAAAACUCGAAACAUAUACUUCUCGGCUCGUGGCUGCUGAUUUUACAAUGCCUUUCUGGAUGAAUAGCCAACGAUUAUAUAUUCAUCAUGAGGCAGUAUAUGACAGUACAUGGAUGGCAAAAGUAUUUUCCUGGAAGAUAUGGUGCUGUAUAUUGGUUACAUAUUUACUGUUGAGUGUAUGCAGUUUUGGGUCACAGAUUAUUCUCGCACGGUUUGGAAAUAAUUACAGAUAUGCAUCCAUUGGGGAUCACAUGUUUUAUAUCUUUGGAAUGAUAUGUAAUCAAAGCCAUAUUCUUGUUGGAAGACCGAAGAUAUUAGAAUUAUCGCUGGGUUUUUUUUGUUCUGUAUUGUACAUGGCAUUUGGCGCUGUAUUAUUUAUUUUUAUAACAAAAAGAGUUAAUGUUAUUCCACCAUUUCAUAAUCUGGAUUCUCUGAGGACCGAUACUACAUAUAAUAUUGUUAUUUUGAAAAAUUCUCUUGGAAAUAUCGCAUUUGAGAAAAGUCCGGAACAAGAGUUUGUGCGAAUAAGAAUGGUAAAACGCGUUAACAUUGCAUUAACAGCCGAACAAAUGUAUAAAAUGGCGUGUGAUAUAAAGAAAGGUACAAAGAAGUAUAUUAUAUUCCAAGGUGAAGACGAGUACAAAACGAGAGAUAAAGUUUUAUGUCAUACGAUCCCAAUUGGGAUAUCGUACAUGAAGAUGUGGAUAGCUUCAGGCAUUGUAAAAAAUUUCAAAUAUAAAAGAGCUAUCGAUCUCGGAAUACUCAAAUUAAAGGAAAUUGGAUUUUGGGAUGUAUUGAGAGAUCGUUGGUUGUACGAAAGAUUAUCACUGCGCAGCGAAAUACCGGAAGCAAUUGGGAUGGAUCAAGUUUUCUUAAUAAUUUUAAUGAUGUGUUGUGGAGUAAUAAUAGCUCUUAUUAUUUUUGUUAUUGAGAAACUCGUGUAUGUUUAUAAAUUUAAACCA